AUGAUUCGUUGUGCAAGCAGACGACUUUUGUCUUCGAAACAAUCUGCCAGAGUUGACUCACUCUAUUCUGGAAUUGUCGCCGGAAAUCGCGCGUCCUUGAGUUCCAGCAUCACCCUUGUUGAAUCGAAAAAUGCGCAAAAGAAAGCGAUGGCGCAGGAAAUUCUCACUAGGCUUUUGCAGAAUGGCGUGGUGGAGGAAGACAUUUCGAAGACCUUUCGUAUUGGGCUUUCAGGGCCACCUGGGGCGGGAAAAUCGACGUUUAUUGAAGCUGCCGGGCAGCAUAUUAUCAAUCAAGGAAGUAAUUUAGCUGUUCUUGCAGUAGACCCUAGUAGCUCUAGAACUGGAGGCAGUCUUUUGGGCGACAAAACGAGGAUGCAAAAUUUAGGAGUGAUGCCAGAAGCUUUUAUCAGACCUUCUCCAGCUGGAGGGGAGCUUGGUGGAGUUGCUAGAAAUACUCAUGAAGCGGCUGUUUUGUGCGAGGCUGCUGGAUAUAAAAAUAUAAUCAUCGAAACAGUUGGAGUUGGUCAAUCAGAAAUUGCCGUAGCCGAUAUGGUAGAUGUCUUUCUCCUGCUUCUACCACCAUCUGCUGGAGACGAACUUCAAGGAAUAAAAAGGGGCAUCGUUGAACUUGUAGACAUCGUCGCUGUGAACAAGUACGACGGAGACAUGAAGCCUGCUGUUCGCAGAAUCGCGGCAGACAUGGGUGCCGAUUUCGUCGAAAAAACGCAACAAGUCUUGGGCAAAAUCAUCCAAAAGCCUGCCCUAACCGAAAAGCUGCUCAGCCGUCCUCCUUUCCGAUUCCUCCAUGACAUCAUCACAAAUCUUAUGAAGAAAACCGGCUUUUUCACCGGUUUAUUCCCAAAAGAACUCCUCGACGGAAAAGCGAUCACGGAUAAGAAUGAUAAACUCAAGUUCCUUCAGCUCGUUAUCGACUGUAUUUCAUUCGUCAGUGGCAAGAACGUAGAUGUCAAAGCUGCCAAAAUCGUAGCUGGACAAGAAGCAGAACAAACCAACAAACUCCUGCAAGAAAUCGCGAUGGCGAUUUUGACCAAAAAGAGCUCUGACGAUGCUGUCGCGCAGAUUCAAGCCGGUGGAAAACCAGCAAAUCCAGAAAAAGCCGAGAAAAAGAGCUCAAAAUCUUCGAAAGAAAAAGAAGCAGAAAAGAAGCCACGAGACGAGUCCAAACAGCGCGAAAAGAAGUCAGAGAAACGGUCGGAAUCGAAGCCAAGGGAGGAAAAGAAAGAUUCGAAGGAUAGGAGAGACAGAAGCGAGCGAAGAGACAGGGACAGGUCAAAGAAAAGGGAGACUUCAGAAGAACGCCGGGUUCGAAAAGAAAAAGAACGAGCUGAACGAAAAGAAAAAGAACGCGCCGAGCGGAAGGAGCGAAAGAAGGCUGAAGAACGGGGCGAAGAACGCGGAGAAAGACGCUCAUCUCGGCCAGCGAGGCCGACUAGCGCGAAAGGUGAACGCCGCAGACCUCCGCCUGUGCCUGAGACUGAUAAAGAAGAAAAGAAGAGAUCAUCUCACUCAAAACCGCCAAAAGUUGAAGAGCCAGCUCGACCAACAACUAAGGGUGCUUCCAGAGCGCGACCGGGAUCUGCCAGGCCGACGAAUAAGGGGAGAACACAGCCACCUCCUGAAGCGACAAGUCCUCCAGUGGUUAAUCCGAAUGUGAUUCGUGAUAAUGAUGAUGAAGAAGACGACAACAUUGAGAUCGAAGAAGUACAAGCCGAAAAUUCCGUUAUCAAGGGCGCUGUUGUGGCCGAAAGGGAUCACGGCGCGCUAGUUCAGGAUAUCAUGGACUCGAGCAAGAAUAUGUCAAAGGCUGCCAACGUCAAGGAUAAAACGAAUAAAAUCUCCGAAGCAGAGCAAAAGAAAAUUGAGAAGCAAAUAGGAAAGAUGAAGGCUGACGUACAAGCUAUCACUGCUCAAUUGCCUCCUGUCGCGCAUGUCUUAGAUCUAUUCCAAGAAGAUCUGGACUCCAUGCAAACCGAAUACGACCAAUGGUCCGCUGAACUAAGAAAAAAUACGACUUUACUGAAUGAAGCUCAAAACCGGAAACAUGCGAACUUGGACCAGCUUUACGCGCAACUGAACCGCUUCCAGCGCGAGACAGAGCAACGAGAACAUGAAAUAAUGAACACAAGACAGCAGAUAAAGCUAAACGAAGACAAGAUUCAGAAACAACUAGCUGCUGUUUGCGCGAAUUGA